CGACCAAACGACUCUUCUGACACGAUGCGCUUCUCCGUCUCUUUCUCCGUCCUUGCUUGCAUGGCGGCCUCUGUGCUGGCUCAGAAUGCUCCUAUCGUAAUCGACACACCGGCCAACCCUGUUCAAUGCCAGACCACUCUUGUGACCUGGACUGGUGGCUCUCCUCCUUUCGACCUGGUUUUCGUGCACGACAGGACCGCAGAGCACCACACGGUCACCUCGGGGAACAGCUUCCUGUGGACCGUCGAUCUCCCGGCUAACACCGACACGUUCGUCUCAAUCCUCGAUGGGACGUCCCACACGGGGCAGUCCGACCUCUUCCUCAUCCAGCCUAGCACGGACAACUCCUGCCUGCAGCAGUAAGCUGCUUGCGCAGUGAACUCUGCGACAAGCCCGAUGUUCUCUGGAUAACGGUACCAUCAUCGGCAGGGCACAUCCUAGAAUAUCUUCGUACGAGAUCUUAACGUAUCAUGUCCGUUUUAAUGCCAACCUCGUGCAAUCCGUACUCAAUUGCAUUGCUUGUUCUCAC